UAUGAUAUGAGUUAUCUAGCACUCAUGACUUGUAUUCUGAGAAGAUAGUAUUUCUCUCCAAGCUCAUGGAUUGUUCAAACUCCAAUGGAAGAUCAAAGAGGCUUCUGGACUUGGCGCAAAGGCUCCGCCUUUACAAGCCCCCAAUAUUCCCUGAAGACAUUUUGGAUGACGUCAUGGAAGACAAGGUUGUCUCAGAAGUGAGUUACUCAGAAUCAACCACCUCAAUGCCUCAAAACACAGAAGAAUUCAGAUACAAGAGAGCUGCUGUUUUGAUCUGCAUCUUUGAAGGAGAUGCUGGGGAUCUCAGAGUGCUACUCACCAAGCGCUCUUCCAUGCUCUCCACUUACUCGGGUGAAGUGGCCUUGCCUGGUGGGAAAGCGGAGGAAGGGGACAAGGAUGAUAAAGACACAGCAAAGAGAGAGGCAAUGGAGGAAAUUGGGUUGGACCCUGAACUUGUCGAUGUUGUUACUGUUCUUGAACCAUUUUUCUCUAAGUACCUCAUGAGAGUGGUUCCUGUCAUUGGCAUUCUUCAUGACAAAAAGGCAUUCAAACCUGUUCUGAAUCCUGCUGAAGUAGAAGCUGUAUUUGAUGCACCUUUAGAAAUGUUUCUCAAGGAUCAAAAGAGGAGUGAGGAGAAGAUGCAAUGGAUGGGAGAGAAUUAUCUGAUACAUUUGUUUGACUACGAAAUGGAAAUGGAGCAUAAAAAAUUCCUGAUAUGGGGUUUAACGGCUGGGAUCUUAAUAAGGGCAGCAUCAGUUGUGUAUCAACGACCACCAGCUUUCAUGGAGCAGAAUCCUAAAUUCAAGCUUCCUCGUGAUUUAACUGUGUAACGCAGUGAAUUUGACAUUUAAUAUUUUAGCUCUUAACAAUUGUUCAUCCUACAAUAAUUUUCAUCACCACUACAGAUUUCAAGAUUAAGUAAGUGUUUAAAUGUACUAAGAAUGCCAUCAAUAAAUUACAAUUGUUUACUUCAAAGGAUG